AGUGGGCGUGUCUUAAACUGACAACUAACUGAAGAACAACAAAAACAAACACAACACCGAGGGGGUUCCGGGGACGUACCCGCUCAGGGCUGGAACCAUGGAGUCGUCGUCUGAUGAAGAGGAGGCGCGCACCUUCGUCCAAGUCCUCAGCGAGAAAUACAACCCAGAGAAUUUCCCCUACGGCCAGGGAGUCAUGGUUCUGUCCAGCCCACCAGGAUCCCCCGUCAAAGAUCGCCUGUUCUUGCCCAGCAGACUGGUUCUGAAUAACUCUGGAAUCACUAAAGCCGGUGACAGGUCAGACAUUGCCGCUUUCUGUGCCCACGUGGUGGAGCUGGACCUGUCCCACAACCAACUUAACGACUGGGUCGAGAUCUGCACCAUCGUGUCCAACGCCCCCCACCUGGACUUCCUCAAUCUGAGCAUGAACCCCCUGAACGGCACAAAGCUGGAGCCCAGCAUGGCUGACGUUUUCUCCAGGGUCCGACAACUGGUCCUCAUUAAAACACACGUCAGCUGGGACACCGUGCACACACUCACACAACAAACAAAAGAGCUGGAGGAGCUGUUCCUGUGCUUGAACGGCUACCACACCGUGUCGGACUCCCAGGCAUCCUGUCCGUCACUGCGCCUACUGCAGAUCACAGAGAACCAGCUGCGGGAGUGGGCAGAAGUCAGGAAGUUUGGGAGGUUGUACCCGAGUCUGAGCACACUGGUGCUGGCCAACAACAGCCUGGAUUCUGUGUGCGACACUCAGGAGACGCUGCAGCGCCUCUUCCCCAACCUGCGCAGCAUCAACCUCAACAACUCAGGGCUUAGUAAAUGGGAGGACAUUGAAAGGCUGAAUUUCCUCCCCAAGCUGGAGGAAGUCAAAGCGAAAGGGAUUCCUUUAUUGCAGCCUUACACAACCCACGAGAGACGUAGCCUCCUUCUGGCACAGCUGCCAUCUGUGGUGGUGUUGAAUGGGGGCGCAGUGUCUGACGGAGAGAGAGAGGACGCUGAGAGGUUUUUCAUCAGGUACUACCAGGACUGCCCUGAACAGGAUCUUCCUCAGAGGUACCACAUCCUUGUAUCCAAGUAUGGUCACUUGGAACCGCUGGCAGAAGUGGACCUGAGCCCACGCAGCACCAUGGUGGACGUCCGCUGUGGCGAGAGGGUGGAGGCCAUCAGCCUCCGUCUGGAGCAGACGGUGGGCGACCUGAAGAAGCACCUUAAAACCCUGCUGCAGCUGCCCACCAAUGGGAUCCGGCUUUUCUAUAUCCAACGGGAGAUGUGUUCGGUCUUGGGACCUGAGGAGUUGAAGUGCGGCUCCCGGGCCCUCCAUUCCUACAGCAUUCGAGAUGGGGAUGAGAUUCUAGUAGUGCCCAAAGUCAAAAGCCAUUGCAGCUCCUCAGAUCUGUGAAUGUGGAGAGUUCGGACGAAUGGGACAGAAAUUAGAUAAUGAAUACUGACUGGAUACUAAGCUUUGACUUGAGCCUUUUUUAGAUUAAAAAAAGGUGACAUAUUUCAGCCAUGAAUGUAAAGAUGCUUACUGUCUACCAUAUUGAACAAAUUAAUACAACAGUAUAUUUGCACAUAGGAGUUACACAUUCAAAAACAUUUCUGUGCUUUAGUUGCUCGAGCUAAGACUGCAGUUUACAUCUCAUUUAUACAAAAUGUUAUGCAAAUCCCGACAGAGUGCAAACAGUUAGCUGCCAUAAUUACCAAUUGAACGCACAAAUUGCACAUUGAUUUAAAAAACUAAAAACCAUUUUAUAAUUCGAUUUUAUGAGAGCUUCCCCUUGCUUGCCGGACAUGCUGGAGACACUGCUGCACCAUGCAUGGCACUUCUUAGUAUUUAUUUUAGUUGUGAAAAAUGUUGAAAUUAGGUGACAUAAGAACAUAAAUGAGACACAUAAGAUUUUUUUAAAACAGCUGCUGUGCACAAGUUGUGAAGUUUCACUGUUCCUUAGAAGCCGUGGCUGGCUUCUCUGGAGCACAAUCAGCAGCUCUUUGAUGUGUUCCCUCCAUUUUUCUGUUUGCCUUCUGCUAAUCUGUGAUCAGUGUGCUCUGGCAGCAGUGAACAGUGCAAUUUUUUAUGCCUGUGAGUAUAGAGUUUGGGUGAAAAUCAUUCUACACCAAUCUACUCCUUAAAAGCCAACACAAUGACAAACAACCAACCUUAAUCAUGCAGCGAUGAUUACAGCCAAGCUGACUGAAGUCUUCACGUGACCUUUCGAUUUCCGUGUGAUGGUAGGGUUUGUGAACUGAGUUUAAUCUGACUGCUCCAUAUGGUUUGUUACACAGAACCACACAGGACAGAUCAACGAACCAUAUAACGUAGUCAAACUCUUACUGAAGCCAGUAGGGAGAAGAGCGAAAGAUCUCUUCCAUCGAGAAAAGCCUUCAGUGCCGUGCUUUGCUGUUUUUUUUUUUUUCAAUGAAGAAAUACUUUCCACAUCUGAUAUAACUGAUGCUAGCAGCAUCUACGCCACCAUUGUUGUUUAACGAACAGUCUUCUUGCUGCGUCACACCUAGCGGCCAACACCAUAGCUGCCAGUACUUCCUCAAAGGACGAUGACUGGUCUGGUACCACUUUACCCAUAGCAAACGCAUAGAUUGAAGCCUUGCAAGAUGGAUUGUUCAUCUGUAAGCUUGGUCUACAUUUGCAUUGUGUACAAAUAAAUAUUAUGAGGGAAAAAAAGAAUAAUGGUUAACAUGAUAUUAAAAUUUCCAUGAUCAUGAAAUGCUCUAAGAGGCUUUGUUUGAGCUGACCUUUUUUUAAGCAGGGUAGAUUUUCUGAUGAAAUGUGAUGUUGUUUUCCGGGAAUACGAUUGUGUGCAGAAGUGACACAGAUCUUUCCCUGCUUCCUCUUGCAACUCAGAUCACUUUCUUUCUGCAUGACUCUUAAUAGCAGUGAAAUAUCCUGGGAUAACCCCCAAGCUGAAAUCACAAAUACAGUGUAUUGGAGAUAGCGUGGCUGCUGCUCAGUAAGGACGCCCUGGCAGAAAGACGAGACAAGUCUGAAGUGAGUUUGGGUCUUGGACAAAGAAAAGAAGGAGUGUUGAUGCUCAAGUUACUGUUGGUCUUCUGGCUGUCCAGCCCAUGAAUGGACCAGCUCUCUCUCUGCCUGCAGAGGCAGCUGAGAAAUGUUGAGGCCCAGUCUGUAUGGUAACCACACACCAGCCGCUGUGUCACAGACACUUCCGCUGCAUUUAGGUUAGAAUGGGUUCAAGCAACAGGCUCUCGCCCCUCACCCAUUACCCCAAUCUCUCCUUUACAUCCGCCUUACAAACCUGACACUUCUAGUGUCUGCUGUUUCACAGGAUGUGGGGUUGUGAACUUUUCCAUUGACUCACAUUGAUUGUUUUCAAAGGCAAAGAAUAGAUGAUAGAACAACACAUUCCCACCUACUGGCAAGUGACAGCCCAAAACCUGGAGCUUCUCAUAACCUGAACUUUGAGGAACUUUGUGAGGCUUAGAUACCAGGUUUUGUAAAUGUAAAUCAUGCAGGCUUACAGGUGAUGUUACAGUCAAAAUCUGUUCAGUUGCCACUGGAAGCUUUUCUUAAUGAUCCCCAUGCAUGUUUGGUUUCGUGCAACCCAGUAUGUUCAAGCCAACAAUGGAAGAGGAUGGGGACUGAGAUACGAGUCUAUGCACCAAUAGAGAGAGGAAGAAUUUACUUCUGGUUCACUUUUUAAUCUCUAACCACUGACUCACACUCCCUCUGCCUUCUCUCCCCAAAUACUAAUGAUGGCCUGGACAUCGUCAUUUGUCCAACAACCAUUUUUUUAAGUAUCCCCUGGUACAGACACAGUGGUAAAAUGGUAGUUGCUGCUGUUGUGUUUUUUGUAGGCAUUCUUGUUGUGAUGUGAUAAUACAUCUAAUUGUUCAAUAGCGGGCGUCAACCCCUGAAAUUAGCUGGAACUUGGAUUUAGGAUCACCUCCUGACCAGAAGCUUGUACACAAAGCAGAUAGAGAACAGUGGAGAAAAAAGUCUGCGUGUUACAUUUCGAUAAGGUCCCACUGUGGAAAAGGGAUGUUUGGCUGUAUUCAGACCAAAGUGAGCAUUGUGGCAAAAACACCAGUCAGCCUAAAAAUACAGCUGAAACCGGUUGCUAUCCAGGCAGAGUUCAUGGAUCAAACUCUCUAAGUUUUGACUUUGCAACUUUGGUCUGCAUCUGGUUUGCAGUGUAAGCUGCAAAAUCGAGAUACCAAGAAAUCUCUGGUUUGUGCCAAUACACCAAAUAAAUACCACCGCACAACACUGCAGUAAUUGUUGCAAUGCCUGAUUUGGUCCGAAUGCGGCUUCAGAAUUUCUAAUUAACUGACCUGCAAGUCUUUGGACUAUGGGAGGAAACAGGAGCAUUAAGGGAGGACAUGGAGAAAACUUGGAAACUCCAGUCACAAACAAUCCUGUUAACCAGUGGAUCAGAACCCAGGAUUUCAUGCUGAGUGCUGCUUUCAUAGAAAGCUAUGCACACAAAGCAUAUAAAGCAUCACAAACCAGCGUGGUUGCUAAACAUGGGUUCUCUGUUUCAGAUUUUUGUGAUCACCAGAUCCUAAUAUAGAUUUUGGUCACCAAGAAAUUGUAGAUAGUGACUUUUCAAGAAGUUUUUAUGACUUCAUACAAAGAAGCUUUAGAGUUUGCUUCAGUAGUCCAAAGACAGACAGGUUGAAAUAUAUGUUGUUGAUGUUUCCUAGCCUUUUGCUUAAUGCAUGCUGGGGUAUUUUCUAGCCAGCCUGAUCCUGAACAGCUUAAAUGUUUUAACGUAUGUGUGUUGCGCAUAUGCAGUGUAAAAUAGGGCCCAAUAUCAAGUGCAUUUGUUUAUGAAAAAUAUAGCAUUACAAAAAGUCAGAGGUCUUGCACAGGCUAUUUCUUUUGAAUAUUGGAGGGCCGGGGAUGCAGAGGUGUUUAUGUUUGAAAUCAUGUUGGGUUAAGUGAGCUGCCAGGAGAAAUGUUUCUCUUGAAGUUAAGCCUUGUGUUACCGAAAAUGUGCUGAGGUGCCGUCAUCUUGUGGCAGCCUCUUCUGACACAAACCUAUUUUGUGUAGUAGAUAACUGGAGAUCUCUUUUGUGUUGUUGUUUUUCUGGCUCACAUACAUUAUACUAUAUUAUGACUGAGUGCUUACAUGGGAAGUUCUGGGAUGAGUGUGAAGCAUUUUGUUUUGUUUUUGUGUGGAUCGUGGUAAGUUGGUGAUUUUGCAUGUUCAGAUUUUUCUUGAUAUGUCUGACUGUGUAUGAGAUGUGUCAUUUCAGGGAAACAAUGUUGUUUAUGGGCAUUUUUAAUUUUGACACUUUUAAAAUAUCUGUUCUCCUGUCACCCUCACCUUUUUCCUUCAGUAAUACCAAAUACAAAGAUUAUUUACAGAUUUAAAAAUAUAAAAGAUAGUUGCUAAUCUGUGAUACAGUUUGCCUUGUGCUGUUUAGUAUAUGGUGUUUAAUUUAUAUCACGUUUGCUUUCUGUAGGUUCUUAAAUGUAUCUUGAUAUUUUCAAUGGUAAAUUCAUUUUAUUUCUUGAGAUCACAAUGCCAUUUCCUCACCUGUACUGUAUAAUGGCGCUUUCACUUCUCUUAAAGAAAUAAAUUCUAAUUAUUUCUGCUUA